AUUCCAUUCAGAUAAAAGGGCUCGUGUUCCUCUUAGUGUGGUUCACUUUAGCAUACGGCAUCGUACAAUUCCUUUAGACGGAACCCCUCGCGCUAUCUUUAAACAAUGGAGGAACUUGACAAGGAACAGAUUGGCAUUCUGAAGAAGGCUUUCGAGGCUUUCGACCAGGAGAAGAAAGGAUGUAUCGGCACAGUGAUGGUGGGCACAAUCCUUGGCAUGCUGGGGCACCAAGUCAGCGACGACGUCCUUAAAGAAAUUAUCGAUGAAGUUGAUGCUGACGGAUCUGGUGAAUUGGAAUUCGCGGAGUUCGUGACCCUGGCUUCCAGAUUCAUGGUUGAGGAAGAUGCUGAGGCUAUGCAGCAGGAACUUAAAGAGGCAUUCCGGUUAUAUGACAAAGAAGGCAACGGCUACAUCACGACAGACGUGUUAAGAGAAAUCCUCAGAGAGCUGGAUGACAAGAUCAGCGCUGAAGAGUUAGAUAUGAUGAUUGAGGAAAUUGACUCUGACGGUUCAGGAACCGUGGACUUUGAUGAAUUCAUGGAGGUCAUGACUGGAGGUGACGACUAAGCGACUGAAUUUACCAUCUAAGAGUUGUGCUCACCCCAGAAUAUGAAGGAAUAUCUUCACGUACAUUGACAUGAUACAAAAUUAUCAUUUGACAUGUCUUCCAAGCAUAAAUACCUUUUUAUAACGUG